AUGGGUAGCGGAACGAGCCGCGUGACGAAAGUUGCACCUGUGGGCUUCGGCGAGGCGAAGCCGGCUAAAAACGUCUCUUCUUCGGUCACUUCGUCGAAACGAGCCGCCUUCGACGCUUUGAGGGUCCACUCCCGCCGCCGAGCUCCGGUGGACUGUCACAGCGCCGGCCACGACUCGGGGCUCUCCGGGGACGAGGACGACGACGCGGACGCCGAGCUGGGCGGCUUCGACGAGGCGGGAGCGGCAGUUCGCCCUAAGGGGAAGAAGAACCAGACGGCGUCCAAGAAGGCAUUCAUGAGAUGCAGGACGUACGGACUGUGUCACUUCAGGAGCGGGGAGGAAGAUGAGCAGCAGCAGCAGCAGGGGGCGUCAUCCACCUCCUCCACCCCUUCCUCCACCACCUCCGGCCUCGGUGGGUCAAAGGGGCCACAUGGCUCCCGGGGAGCAGGCAACAAGAACAGGAGCCAUCACGCCUUCGCACCUCCGCCUCAGUGUUCUACUCAGGCCUUCUUGGCAAGAAGACCAACAGAAGAAGAUGGCGCCUUAUCCCAAACACAGGCCACUUUUGGCCACAGCGUGCCCCCCCUCACCACACCAGUCAUCCUGUAUGACGGCUCUGAGGAAGAACUGAUGGACACCAUUGAGAGGGAAUUUAGUUGACCCCUUCACCUCUACUUAACGCUAAGGUCAUUGUUUGUCGUGUUUUUUUUUUUUGGAAGAGGCAGACACACACUUAGCCAACUUCUAUUGUACCGCUCGCCUUACUGUUGUUUGCUUUUGGAAUCGGGAAGCUAACGUAUAACCAUUCUGUUGAUAAUAAACAAAAUAAUAUUUGCGGAGUAGCAGUUGAGGCACAUUUUGGAUUUGCUGCGAUGGAAAUGAAGUCUUGCAGCAUGUAGGGCAAUUGAAGCACGAGAUUUUUUUUUCAUCAUUAUUGAGGCCAAGAGGUUAAAAGGAAGGCGUGUACUGCUCGCCAUGUUUAUUUCAGGUUUCCUUCCUGACCACAGUUAAGGCAGCACUUCUCCACCCCUUGAAGAAAGGAAUGAGUGCCAAAAAAUGCCUCCUAAUUGGAGACAUCGCUUCUGUUUAGGUUUGAACCAUUUGGCUGUGCUGGCACCUAGUGGUGAAAAAAAACAAACAGAUUUUUGAGAAAAUCUAUUACAUGGAAAAAGUUAUUACAAGGAUAAAAUAACGUGAGGACAAGCAGUUUGGUCAAUAAAUGAAUGUUUUGUUACACCAUACUUCAAGUUAAAACAAUUUUCAAGAAGUGUUACCAGUAAGUCAUAAUAUAGGUUUAUUCAUGUAAUGUUGCAAAAUUAUUUUUGUAUUUGAGUAUGCAUACUUUUUUAUAUUCAGUUCACUUUUUUUCUUGUAAUUAUUACAACAUUCUUACUGUAGUGACUAUUUUUUCCCCUCAUGAUAGCCCCCCCCCAAUGUUAUUCCUCUAUUUCCACAUGUUUUUUCCCCCUUUAAUUCUUCUUUCUUUGCAUUGAGCACCUCAUUUGCCUCAGCCCUAAUUAACAACCGGUGAGUUUCCACCAGAACGCAGGUAGUGA